GUUUUUUUAUACAUAUAUGCACCGAACCUCUUCUUCUUCUCUUCCUCGUCUUCUCUCCUUUUAUAUAUGUGGAAAACUGCAUUUAUUAAGAACAGUUUAGAAAGUGUCAACCCCUAAAGGAAUGUUUUUAGUUUAGAGGAAAGAGAGAGAAGAAGAAGCAGCAGCAGAAGUUGUUAAUUUGAAGACUAUUUGAGGAAAGACACCUAUAUCUAAAUACUCAAAGUUACAAAAAUAUUACUUCAGAAAACAGUUCCAUUAGAGAGACUCAUAAAGCUUCUCAUGUAAGCCUCUCUUGUAAUUUAUUCUCAUAUACAGAAUACUGUUUUGUGCAUUUACUCUUCUUCUUCCUCCUCCUUUCAUAUGAUUAACAUUCAAUGCAAAAUUCUUGUAAAUUCAUUUUACAAUAGCUUAUCCAAAUUCUGCUACUUUUAUUAUUGUUUCCUCUCGCUGCGACAUUCUUUAUUUCUCAUCAUUUAAUGUUCUCUCCUCGUACAUCCUCUUUGUUCUGUCUUAAGAAUUCACCUACCAAACCAUUUAUUUCUCAUACCCACUUUAAGAUUUAGUAGAUUUUUGUUUUCUUGUCAAAAUGGUAUCCUAAAACUAAUCUCUCUUGUUUUUUUCUUUGUUGAAGCUAAUUAUGAGUGGAUUGAUGAGUUUUGGUGAAUUAGAAGACCAAUUUGGUCAGAUUUCAGACACUACUAUGGAAGAGAAGAUACCAUUUCUGCAAAUGCUUCAAUGCAUAGAACACCCUUUUACAACAACAGAACCAAAUCAGUUUCUCCAAUCACUUCUCCAGAUCCAAACCCUAGAAUCAAAGAGCUGUCUCACCCUUGAAACAAACAUCAAAAGAGAUCCGGGUCAAACAGAUGACCCGGAAAAGGAUCCAAGAACAGAAAACGGAGCAGUAACGGUCAAAGAAAAAAGAAAACGGAAACGUACAAGAGCUCCAAAGAACAAAGACGAAGUUGAAAACCAAAGGAUGACUCACAUUGCCGUCGAACGUAAUCGAAGACGACAAAUGAACGAACACUUAAACUCUCUCCGAUCUCUCAUGCCUCCUUCGUUUCUUCAACGGGGUGACCAAGCUUCGAUUGUAGGAGGGGCAAUAGAUUUCAUCAAGGAACUAGAGCAACUCUUGCAAUCUCUAGAAGCUGAGAAACGAAAGGAUGGAACUGAUGAAACUCCUAAAACGGCGUCGUGUUCUUCAUCUUCGUCUCUUGCAUGCACUAACUCUUCUAUUUCUAGCGUGUCUACGACGUCGGAAAAUGGAUUUACGGCGAGAUUCGGCGGUGGAGAUACGACAGAAGUGGAGGCUACGGUGAUACAGAACCAUGUGAGCUUAAAAGUUCGGUGUAAGAGAGGAAAACGACAGAUCUUAAAAGCUAUUGUCUCGAUUGAAGAACUAAAGCUUGCGAUUCUACAUCUCACUAUCUCUUCUUCCUUUGACUUUGUCAUCUACUCUUUCAAUCUCAAGAUGGAAGAUGGUUGUAAAUUAGGAUCAGCAGAUGAGAUAGCGACAGCCGUUCAUCAGAUCUUCGAGCAAAUCAACGGUGAAGUCAUGUGGUCAAAUCUUAGUCGAACUUAGUUGACUUUUGACUCCUAGUAACGUGUGUAAACUUUAGGUUACAAAGAAAAGGGACGUGAUAUAAAUAAGAAAAACCAAAGAGGUGAAAUUUUGGGAGUUUUAAUUAUUAUCUUAUACUUUUUGGAUUUUAGAUUAGUAGCAAACUCGCAGUGUUCUACGAUGACAUUAUUAUUGGUCACAUGAAGGUUUAGGUUAUUAUUGCCUGUAAUUUUUGAAUAUAAACUAACCUAUGAGUUCAGUUUGACCCCGAAAACGAAAAAAGUUAACCAUGAGUAAUAUUUACUUCCAUUUAUAAAUGUUUCC